AUGGGGGUGCACGACAUGAUCCACAGGACACACAUUACAGGUCUGAUCUCAGAGCAGCUUCUCAGAGCAGCUGUUGGAGGAUCUGUCCUGAUCCCCUGCUCUCUCCAUGAUAAUCGAACACUCAGCAGCGUUUACUGGCAGGAGGGUGAACAACAUUUCUUUCUGUGGGACAGUGGGAAAAUAAUACAAAUCCCAAACAACAAAUAUGAGAACAGGGCUCAAGUCUUCCAUGAUAAGUUUAGUUCUGGAAAUAUUUCCUUCAGGCUUGACAACAUUUCUCUGGAAGAUGAUCGGAAAACAUUCUUUGCCUACGUUAAAUUCGAUAAGGAGAGCCAAUCUGAAGAACGGUGCAGAUCCACGCUGCAGGUUUCAGAUCCACUGAACCCAACACAACCCGUAUCUACUCCUCCCCCAGAGAAAGGUGAAAACGAGGGGAUUCAUGUGGCUGCAAUAGUUUUACCUUUCCUCUUCCUCCUUGUCCUUGCUGGUGUCUAUUGGUACAGAGGGCAACAUCAACCUCAGGCUCAAGAUCAAGAUCAACCUCAGGCUCAAGAUCAAGAUCAACCUCAGGCUCAAGAUCAAGAUCAACCUCAGGGUCAAGAUCUAGAUCCACCCAGCCAACCACUGGUUGUCCUUAAUUCCCAAGACAGAGCUCAAGAAGAGGCCACAGCUCAAGCUCCAGAUGCACCCAACCAACCACCAGUCCAAUUUAAUCCCCAAGACGGAGCUCAGGCUCAAGCUGAAGCAGAUGCACCUGAGGACACUGUUCCACUAUCUGAGGAUCGAGCUGAGUUUUUCUGUCAGACAAGGAUGAGUGAAGGUACUGCAGACCGCGACACCUGUGAGGACGCUGCUGCUUCUCCAGAGAAAGACAAACUGUUGAAAAAAGAAAAUGGAAAUGAAGACAGCGCCUCUGAUUAA